AUGUUGGAAUUGAAUCUUGAAAAUCCCUUGGAUCUGACCAAGGUAUAUUUGGUAACUGCCAUAUCUGUGGUAUGUGCUCUUGGUUAUCUGAUAAAGACCAGUGAUCAUAUUCGAUCAUUGUUGGUAUUUGCCUGGGCUUGUUUUGUUAAACCCAUGGCAUCCAAGGCCAAAAAGCGUAACUCAACCGAGCAACAACAGGCUUUAGAAACGUUUUACAAAACCCAAGCUCACGUUUAUGAUAAAACGAGAACAAUUCUUUUGAAAGGUCGCAAAGAAUGCUUGAAAUUGUCAAUUGCACACUUGCAGAAAAAGUCUGAUCUCGUGUGGAUUGACGUUGGUGGAGGCACUGGUGCCAACAUUGAAUACAUGGACGAAGUCAGCUCCAUUGCCAAAAACUUCAAAGCGGUUUAUUUGGUUGACUUGUCUCCAUCGUUGUGCGAAGUUGCAAGAGCCAGAUUUGCAGCCAAAUCUUGGACCAAUGUUCACGUCCUUGUUGCCGAUGCAUGCGAUUUCUCUAUUCCUGAAGAAAGCGCAAACUUGAUCACAUUUUCCUAUUCGCUUUCAAUGAUUCCAAAUUUCCAUGCUGCCAUUGACCAUGUACUUCCUAUGCUUGAUGCAAAUGGAAUCGUCUCAUGUGUGGAUUUCGGAGUACAAUCGAGUGAAACCUCAAUUGGACGUAUUAAUACUCUUGGAGGUCUUUUGAAUAGAAACAUUCCUUGGGUGUUAAGAAACUUCUGGAGAAUCUGGUUCGAGGCUGAUAAGGUGUACCUUGAACCCGCUCGCCGAAGCUAUCUCGAGUACAAGUUUGGUACUGUCAAGUCGAUGAACGCUUAUAACAACAAAUUGGGACGUAUUCCAUAUUACUUGUGGAUUGGAUGCGACAAGAAUAAAGCCACUGAUUUACUUCAUAGAAUCAACUGUUUGGCUACUGAGUCACCAUACCUUGCCCCAACCAAAAACAGCGCUGUUGAGUUAGUCGUGGAUGAAGGCCCCAUGAGUAAGGGACAUGAGGCUGCUCUUCUGAACUUUCAAAAAAACAUCCCCUACCCUUCCAUCUACUACCAAAAGGAAGCAUGGAGAGUGUACUUUGAUGAAAUCAACCCACAAUAUCACCAAUUCAAGGACCAGUACAUAUACGCUUUCACGUGGGAGGACCCAAGAGAAGACCACAAAAUCUUGAACUUUACUUCCAAGGAUACAGUGUUGGCCAUUACUUCUGCGGGAGACAACAUUUUGUCAUAUGCCUCGCUCCCUAACCCUCCAAAGAGAAUUCAUGCUGUCGACUUGAACCCUUGUCAAAACCAUUUGCUUGAGUUGAAGUUGGCCGCCUUGAGAACAUUAUCAAGAAAGCAGGUGUGGGCUAUGUUUGGAGAAGGUAAGAUCAAGAAUUUUGAUGAAAUCCUCUAUUCCAAGUUAGCACCACAUAUCUCUUCUAAUGCUUUCCAGUACUGGGCUGAGAGAGGAAGAGAUACUUUCGACGUCAAUGGAAGAGGCUUGUACGAUACCGGUUCCACCAGAUGGGCAUUGAGAUUGGCUCGUUACAUCUUCAAAUUUUUCGGUGUUAAAGACCAAGUCACAAAGUUAUGCGAGUGCAAGACAAUGGAGGAACAGAUGAAGGUAUGGGAGGACCAUAUCAAACCAAGUUUAUUCAAUCCUUUCGUUGCAACUCUUAUGGUUGGAAAUCCAAUUUUCUUGUGGAAGGCACUUGGUGUACCUGCUAGUCAGGCUAAGAUGAUGGGAAAUUCGGUAUUGAGAUACGUUAUUGACACCUUAGAGCCAUUAAUCAAGCGGUCGUUGAUCUCUCAAGACAAUUACUUUUACUACUUGACCUUGAUGGGAAAGUAUGCCAAGGACAACUGCCCUGAUUAUUUGACAGAAAAGGCUUAUAACAGAUACCAAGCACGCAACGAAAAGACAGGAGAAGUUCCUCUCGACACUAUUAGAUUACACACCGAUACCCUUCAAGAUGCAUUCUCCAGAUUGAGCAAAAAGUCCAUUUCCAUUGCCAUUAUCAUGGACCAUAUGGAUUGGUUUGACCCGGAAGGUACCGAUGCCGAAAACGAAAUCGCGGCAUUGAGCAACUGUCUUGCCGAUGGAGCACGUGUUAUGCUUAGAUCUGCCUCUACUAAGCCAUGGUACAUUGAAACCUUCAAAAAAAUGGGAUUUUCAUGUGAGGCUGCAGCAGUAAGAACCAGAGGUCAAUCGAUCGAUCGUGUCAAUAUGUACGCAUCCACCUGGGUUUGUACUAAAAAUGAUGCUGCUCGUCGUAGAAUGAGCAGUCUCAAGAUCUAA